AUGGCGGCGCGAGCAGCUUUUGGGGCCGUGUGCCGGCGCCUUUGGCAGGGGUCAGAGAAUUUUUCUGUAAAUAGUUCUAGGAACAAUACAGCCGGAAAUGGUGGCUUUCUUCUCAGUACCAAUAUGAAGUGGGUGCAGUUCUCAAACCUGCAUGUUGAUAUUCCCAAGGAUUUGACCAAGCCCACGAUAACAAUUUCUGACGAACCAGACACAUUGUAUAAGCGCCUGUCGGUUUUAGUAAAAGGCCAUGAUAAGGCUGUACUGGACAGUUAUGAAUAUUUUGCUGUGCUUGCUGCUAAAGAACUUGGUAUCUCUGUUAAAGUACAUGAGCCUCCAAGGAAAAUAGAGCGAUUUACUCUUCUCAAAUCAGUACAUAUUUUCAAGAAGCACAGAGUUCAGUAUGAAAUGAGGACACUUUACAGGUGUUUAGAGCUGGAACGUCUAACUGGGAGUACAGCAGAUGUCUACUUGGAAUAUAUUCAGCGAAACUUACCUGAAGGGGUUGCCAUGGAAGUCACAAAGACAAAAUUAGAAAAAUUACCAGAACACAUCAAGGAGCCGAUCUGGGAAACUGUACCUGCAGAAAAGGAAGAAAGCAAGUCAUAA